UAAAUUUCUAAACAAUUUAAACAUUUGAGUUAAAGACUAAGAAUUAACAUCCAAUUGUAAUAAUUUCGAGUAGAAUUGUUUAUAAAGUUAUCUAUGCUAUAAAUAAUAACAAUGAAAUUGUCCAUUACGUUGACUCUAAUCAUUCUGUUUCUUAUCAAGUGCUUGGAGUCCAGUUUGUACUUUGUAUUUGGUGGUUGUCCAGUUAUGAAUGGAAAAUCUGAUCUGGAUAUUUCAAGGUACGUUGGAAAAUGGUUCGAAAUCAGAAGAAGUGAUGAUAUAUUCCAAAGGAAUACAAGAUGCUCUACCCAAACUUACGAAGAUCGUGGAAGUUAUAUCAGCAUACAAAAUCGUGCUAUCGACAACGCAAGUGGUGAAGUAAUUUCUACUGACCAAACUGCUACCGUGCCUGACAACAACAGACCCGAUAUCUGGCUUGUAAAACGAUUCCCUGGAGGUCCAGCCAUACCCUAUUUGGUUCUUGAUUCUGAUUAUGAAACUUAUUCCGUGGUAGUUUCAUGUACAGAUAUCCUCCGCCUCUUUCACUCAAUUUCUGGAUUCAUUUUAUCAAGAGAAAGUACUUUAGAUGGCAAAACAGUUAGUAGGCUGACCAGUCUACUUGCGACCAACGGAGUGACCUAUCUCGCGAACGUAACUCAAGACUGUGGUUAAAAUAACAAUUUCCAAACCUUGCUAAUUAUUACUAACUUAAUUAAGUGUCUAUUGUACCUUGAAAGUUUGCCUACAGGGUGUGUAGAAAAUUAUGAAAUAAAUAAUAGUAAAGUG